UUGACGCAGAGUCGCAGAGCAUGUGUGCCAAUGGUUGUGUGUUGAGAUGUUGAUAAUGUAAAUACUAAAUAACUGUAACAAAAUUAAUCAAAUUUAGUGUGCCAAGAUGGCUGCUCCAUCCAACGGAACUGGAAAUCUUGUAGACGAGUUUGAAGAGUCAUUUCAGCAUUGUCUCAACGUGUUUACGAAGCAAGAAGCGUCAACAUGUGUGGAAAAGGAAGAAGUUAAGGUUGAAGUUGAAAGGUUCAUUGACCUGGCGAGGCAGAUGGAAGCUUCCUUCUUACAGAAAAGAUUCUUACUAUCAGCUAUGAAGCCGGAACUACUAGUAAAAGAAGAGAACAACGACUUGAAGUGCGAGUUGCAGCGCAAGGAAGAGUUGCUCAGACGUCACUACGACAAGAUCAGCCAGUGGCAUAACCUGCUAGCUGAUCUCCAGGGUCACACAGUAUACAACAAGUGUCAACAGCAAACGACACCGCAGCCGAUGCAACAAGCCGCCUCACCGAUGCAGCAACCGUGUAGCGUGCAGCAAAGCGUGCAGGCCCAGCAAAUGGCAGCUGCAGCAGCUGCGCAGCAAGUGGCACUCCAGCAGCAAGCAAUGCAGCAACAGCAGGUCAGACCCCCUUUACCGCCCGCGUAUCCCAAUACCGUCACGAGGCGGUAACAAAUAAUACAAACUGACUAAGAUAUAGCUAUCUCUCUUUAACAUCAACGAUGUUGUCUCUUUCUAUUCGUAUUAAAGGGUUGCCUGAUUACAAAGCCGUUAUUAUAAAUGUUGUUGUACUAAAAAUUAAAAAAAGCACCAAUGGUUGAUUAUUCAAAUAUAUAAUUAUGUUUAGUGUAAAACAACUUAAUAAGCUUUAAAAAAAUUAAUUGAUUAGUAUAUAAACACUGGCAUCUACAAAAAAUAUUUAAUUAAAUAAUUCUUUUAAAAAAUUAUCGAAAUCAACCCAGCCAUUUAGUAUUUAAUUAUAAAUAGAAGGAUUAUAUAAUGUAAAGAUUAUGGCAAGCCUAAAAGAAAAGAUGUAAUUUUGGAAAUUAAAAAGUAAUAUUUGUUGCUAAAAUAAUAAAUAAAUUUGUACUUUUAAAAUAGAAACAUCAUAUGAAAUGAUGUUCUGUACAUUAUAUACAAUUCUAAAGUUUGUUUUUUAAAUAUAAAAGUGUUAAAUAAGGUUUUAUAACAAUUAAAUCCGUUUCCUAUCGGAAAGUUAACUUUUAGUAACAAUUAACCGUUCAUAAACGUCUGUAGUAUUAAAUCAAACGCCUUUAAUAUAUAUAUCUAGGCAUAGAUAACACUCAAAGUGUCAAUUUGUGUAAUAAAUUCGCAUUUUUAUGUUAUUUUUAUUAGUUAACGGGAUUGUUAAGGUUAUAAUAUGAGGAAUGGUGAUUAUGUGUUUGUUUCGCAAAUUCUUAAAUGUUUUGUAUUUUUGUCAAAUAACUUUUCCCAGGUAAAUUUUAGAUUAUUGAAGAAAAAUCAUUAUAUAAAGAACGUAAUACCUAAGUUUACGUAAAUAAAUACGCGCUAUGGCUUCCAACAACAAUUUAGCUAAACUUUUUUUGAAUGAAACGUAAAAUAAAAGUUAAACGAUGCUCGCGCUUUUUUGACCUUGAACCCCUGACCGAGUUAAAAGAGUUCAAGGUUAAACAAAACGGAAUAAUUUAGUCGAAACAAAAUCAGUUUAAAAGCUAUUUAAAACUUUUUGGAAUACAGAUUUGUGCGGUUAUUCUUAUAGAUAUAAUUUUAAAUUAAUGUUUAUUGUAGUGUUUUAUUUUUAAGAACGCAUGCGUUGUAAUUUUAGUAGCAAUUGGUAGUAGCCACUGUUCUAUUAAAUAAAUACAUUUUAAGUUUA